AUGGCGGCGCCGGCUGACGUCACUGGAGGAUGUGGCACGGCCUGCGCGGGGCGGGCCCGGAGGGCGCCGGAAGCGGCGGGCAGGGACCCGGGGGCCGGGGAGUGGGCGGGGGCCAGGGCCUGCGGUGAAGGAGCACCCUCCCGGGCCCCUGGGACUCCCCCGGCCUUUGCCGAGCCGGGGCUGAAAGUAGACAUUGGAAAGGCCUCAACGAAUCGGGGCAGCCUUGGCCUCGCGAAGGCGAACCCUGAUCCGUCUGGAGCUGCGCCCACAGCACCUCAGACACCACUGUCCUCGGAGUAG